CGAAAACGUGCUAUUAUAGCCGUCAUGGGAUCAAUUGUUGCCGACGCUGCAGCUCAACCAUUACAUUACAUAGCCGAUAGCGAUAGUAUACAUAAAAUAUUAGAACAAAACAAUGCCGUUGAUCCAGAAUUUUUGCCAGUUUCCGCAAAUCCACGUUAUAAAAUUGAUACCGGCCAACAAAGUUGCUAUGGUGAUCAACUCAUGGUCUUUAUGGAUUCUUUAGCAAACCAUGGCAUCAUUGAUGUUAAAGAUUUAAUUAGAAGAAUAGUACGUUAUUUUGGUCCAAAUUCUGAAUAUGAACCAAAAGAUCCAACGGAAAGGCCACUACCAUGUCCACUUCGUACCAGUGCCAUAAGUGAUAUUAUAUCGAACUCGUUGAGAUACGGCUUAGAUGGUCAAAAUCUUGGCCCAACAGAUGAUUAUAAUGCAGAUUGUUUAUGUAAGUUAGCUCCCGUUGUAGGCAUGUUCGCUGGCCAGCGUAAUAUGUUGGCAUCGGUUGAAAAAGUGGCUAGAAUAACACAAAACAACACCAAGAGUUUGGCGAUUUGUUUAGCUGCGGCACGAAUAUUAGAACAUUACUUGUUAAAAGGGUAUGAUAAAGACGUAUUUACAAUUGUACAAAAUGAAUUAAAAAAUCCACAACGAACCUUACCGACUGAUGAAGAUCGUAAUGUCGCCGAUAUGAUUCAGAGCAUUGUGGAUAUGAAAUCUAGAUCACAUGUAAAUGUUGUUUCUCAUGUUGGACAUAUCUUCCAAUGCUCUUUACAUGUAUUACUCACUGCUAAAUCUUAUAUCGAUGGUGUUCGCAAUACGCUGAUUGCUGGUGGCUGUAACUGUAGCCGUGCAACAUUCAUAGGAGCCUGCUUAGCAGCUCAGUUUGGCAUUGAUGCAAUACCAAUGCAAUGGAUAAGAAAAACAAAUUCAUCAUCGUACGCUUUCGAAUUGGCUAAAAAAUUAAUGAAAAUCCAAACCAAUUAA